AUGCGCAGGGAUGAAGUGGUUCAUAUCAGAUCCAUCCUGUCAAAUCCGUUUCAAGUGGUGCCGCCCAAGGCCUUCCCGGGCAUGACUGAAUCCACCUUCCUGUCGAGAUCGUUCGCCGAUCAAGGAGUCAAGCUGCGCAUCCGAAAAGAACCCAGAACACUCUUGUUAGUGGAAGCCCAGGCCGCUCGUCAUGAAGCCCAUCUUGCUAACUCCCGCAGAAAACGCCAACUGCCGCGGCCCGAAGACUAUCCGCCGACGCGCUACAGCGAGAGGCCGAGUUCCGCCUUCGCCGAUAGACCUGCGCCCACGGUGGUGACUUCGAUGCAACCCGCCACCCCCGUACAAGCCUAUACGCCCCCCGACCGUGACUACGCGCCGUACUAUGCGCCCACGGCCAAGAAACCGCGGACCUCGCUGGACUUGAGCCUCCGAGGGUAUUACGACGGCGAUGGCCGAUAUAACGGCCGGCCCGGCGACCACCAGCCCUCGCCCAUCGCGUCGAAUCUUCUACACGAGUCGCCGCCGAAUGCCUAUACGCAGGCGAGCUAUCAUGCGCCUGUCCACGCAGCGUCGCCUGCCGCCUAUUUUGAUGGACAGGCGGCCCCGACGAGUCACCCCGUCUUGCCCUCCCAGCCUGAACAUCCCACAAAUGGCAAUGGGUAUGGGCAUAAGUAUCCUGCGUGA